AAACUGUAACUUCAAAAGAAAGAACAACAACACAUUCUGAAACUUCAAAGGCACAAACCACAGCUGAUUCUGGAACUUCAAACAUGAUCACAACAAAAUCUGAGACUUCAAAAGAAACCACAGCUGAUUCUGGAACUUCAUCUGAAACCUCAACAGAAACUGGAACUUCAAAAGAAAGAACAACAACACAUUCUGAAACUUCAAAGGGACAAACAACAGCUGAUUCUGGAACUUCUAACGUAAUCACAACAGAAUCUGGAACUUCAAAAGAAACAACAGCAGAUUCUGGAACUUCAAACAUAAUCACAACAAGAUCUGAGACUUCAAAAGAAACCACAGCUGAUUCUGGAACUUCAUCUGAAACAUCAACAGAAACUGUAACUUCAAAAGAAAGAACAACAACACAUUCUGAAACUUCAAAGGGACAGACAACAGCUGAUUCUGGAACUUCAUCUGAAACAUCAACAGAAACUGUAACUUCAAAAGAAAGAACAACAACACAUUCUGAAACUUCAAAGGGACAGACAACAGCUGAUUCUGGAACUUCAUCUGAAACAUCAACAGAAUCUGGAACUUCAAAAGAAAGAACAACAACACAUUCUGAAACUUCAAAGGGACAAACAACAGCUGAUUCUGGAACUUCAUCUGAAACAUCAACAGAAACUGGAACUUCAAAAGAAAGAACAACAACACAUUCUGAAACUUCAAAGGGACAAACAACAGCAGAUUCUGAAGCUUCAUCUGAAACAUCAAACGAAACGGUAACUUCAAAAGGUAAAACAACAUUAAUACCUAGGACAUCAAAUGAAAGAACAACAGAUUUCGCAACUUCAAAGGGCAGAACAACAGCGAAUUCUCCAACUUCAAAGGGCCGAACAACAGUUGAUUCUGGAGCUUCAUCUGAAACAACAACAAAACCUUUAACUACAAAAGAAAGAACAACAAAAGAAUCUAAAACUUCAAAAGGAAACACAGCUGAUUCUGGAACUGCAUCUGAAACAACAACAAAACCUUUAACUACAAAAGAAAGAACAACAAAAGAAUCUGAAACUUCAAAGGGAAGAGCAACAGCAGAUUCUCAAACAACAGCUGAUUCUGGAGCUUCAUCUGGAACAACAAAAAAAACUGUUACUUCAAAAGAAAGAACAACAACAGAUUGUGAAACUUCAAAGGGACAAACAACAGCAGAUUCUAGAACAUCAAAGGGAAGAACAUCAGCAAAGUCUUGGUCAUCAAAUGAAAGCCCAACAGCAGAAUCAAAUGAAUCUGUAACUACAAAAGAAACAACGUCAACAUUGAGAACUUCAAAAGGAAAAACAACAACAAUUUCUGUAACUUCAAAGGGAAGAACAACCACAGAUUAUAGACCAUCAAAGGGAAGAACAUCAGCAAAGUCUUGGUCAUCAAAUGAAAGCCCAACAGCAGAAUCUGGAAGUUCAAAAGAAACAUCAUUUGAAUCUGAAACUUCCUCUGAGACAUCAAAUGAAUCUGUAACUACAAAAGAAAGAACAACAUCAAAAUCGAGAACUUCAAAAGGAAAAACAACAGCAGUUUCUGUAACUUCAAAGGGAAGGACAACCGCAGAUUCUAGACCAUCAAAGGGAAGAACAUCAGCAGAAUCUUGGUCAUCAAAUGAAAGCCCAUCAAUAGAAUCUGGAAGUUCAGAAGAAACGUCAGUUGAAUCUGAAACGUCAGCUGAAACAUCAAAUGAAUCUGUAACUCCAAAUGUAAGAACAACAUCAAAAGGAAAAACAACAGAAGCUAAAACUUCAAAAGGAAGAACAGAAGCUGUAACUUCAAAAGGAAGAACAGAAGCUGUAACUUCACAAGGAAAAACAACAGAAGCUAAAACUUCAAAAGGAAGAACAGAAGCUGUAACUUCACAAGUUAAAACAGAAGCUGUAACUUCAAAAGGAAGAACAGAAGCUGUAACUUCACAAGGAAAAACAACAGAAGCUAAAACUUCAAAAGGAAAAACAACAGCAGUUUCUGUAACUUCAAAGGGAAGAACAUCAAAAUCUGGGUCAUCAGCUGAAAGCACAACAGCAGAAUCUGGAAUUUCAAAAGAUACAACGUCACUUGAAUCUGAAGCUUCAUCUGAAACAUCAAACGAAACGGUAACUUCAAAAGGUAAAACAACAUUAAUACCUAGGACAUCAAAUGAAAGAACAACAGAUUUCGCAACUUCAAAGGGCAGAACAACAGCGAAUUCUCCAACUUCAAAGGGCCGAACAACAGUUGAUUCUGGAGCUUCAUCUGAAACAACAACAAAACCUUUAACUACAAAAGAAAGAACAACAAAAGAAUCUAAAACUUCAAAAGGAAACACAGCUGAUUCUGGAACUGCAUCUGAAACAACAACAAAACCUUUAACUACAAAAGAAAGAACAACAAAAGAAUCUGAAACUUCAAAGGGAAGAGCAACAGCAGAUUCUCAAACAACAGCUGAUUCUGGAGCUUCAUCUGGAACAACAAAAAAAACUGUUACUUCAAAAGAAAGAACAACAACAGAUUGUGAAACUUCAAAGGGACAAACAACAGCAGAUUCUAGAACAUCAAAGGGAAGAACAUCAGCAAAGUCUUGGUCAUCAAAUGAAAGCCCAACAGCAGAAUCAAAUGAAUCUGUAACUACAAAAGAAACAACGUCAACAUUGAGAACUUCAAAAGGAAAAACAACAACAAUUUCUGUAACUUCAAAGGGAAGAACAACCACAGAUUAUAGACCAUCAAAGGGAAGAACAUCAGCAAAGUCUUGGUCAUCAAAUGAAAGCCCAACAGCAGAAUCUGGAAGUUCAAAAGAAACAUCAUUUGAAUCUGAAACUUCCUCUGAGACAUCAAAUGAAUCUGUAACUACAAAAGAAAGAACAACAUCAAAAUCGAGAACUUCAAAAGGAAAAACAACAGCAGUUUCUGUAACUUCAAAGGGAAGGACAACCGCAGAUUCUAGACCAUCAAAGGGAAGAACAUCAGCAGAAUCUUGGUCAUCAAAUGAAAGCCCAUCAAUAGAAUCUGGAAGUUCAGAAGAAACGUCAGUUGAAUCUGAAACGUCAGCUGAAACAUCAAAUGAAUCUGUAACUCCAAAUGUAAGAACAACAUCAAAAGGAAAAACAACAGAAGCUAAAACUUCAAAAGGAAGAACAGAAGCUGUAACUUCAAAAGGAAGAACAGAAGCUGUAACUUCACAAGGAAAAACAACAGAAGCUAAAACUUCAAAAGGAAGAACAGAAGCUGUAACUUCACAAGUUAAAACAGAAGCUGUAACUUCAAAAGGAAGAACAGAAGCUGUAACUUCACAAGGAAAAACAACAGAAGCUAAAACUUCAAAAGGAAAAACAACAGCAGUUUCUGUAACUUCAAAGGGAAGAACAUCAAAAUCUGGGUCAUCAGCUGAAAGCACAACAGCAGAAUCUGGAAUUUCAAAAGAUACAACGUCACUUGAAUCUGAAGCUUCAUCUGAAACAUCAAACGAAACGGUAACUUCAAAAGGUAAAACAACAUUAAUACCUAGGACAUCAAAUGAAAGAACAACAGAUUUCUCAACUUCAAAGGGCAGAACAACAGCGAAUUCUCCAACUUCAAAGGGCCGAACAACAGUUGAUUCUGGAGCUUCAUCUGAAACAACAACAAAACCUUUAACUACAAAAGAAAGAACAACAAAAGAAUCUAAAACUUCAAAAGGAAACACAGCUGAUUCUGGAACUGCAUCUGAAACAACAACAAAACCUUUAACUACAAAAGAAAGAACAACAAAAGAAUCUGAAACUUCAAAGGGAAGAGCAACAGCAGAUUCUCAAACAACAGCUGAUUCUGGAGCUUCAUCUGGAACAACAAAAAAAACUGUUACUUCAAAAGAAAGAACAACAACAGAUUGUGAAACUUCAAAGGGACAAACAACAGCAGAUUCUAGAACAUCAAAGGGAAGAACAUCAGCAAAGUCUUGGUCAUCAAAUGAAAGCCCAACAGCAGAAUCAAAUGAAUCUGUAACUACAAAAGAAACAACGUCAACAUUGAGAACUUCAAAAGGAAAAACAACAACAGUUUCUGUAACUUCAAAGGGAAGAACAACCACAGAUUCUAGACCAUCAAAGGGAAGAACAUCAGCAAAGUCUUGGUCAUCAAAUGAAAGCCCAACAGCAGAAUCUGGAAGUUCAAAAGAAACAUCAUUUGAAUCUGAAACUUCCUCUGAGACAUCAAAUGAAUCUGUAACUACAAAAGAAAGAACAACAUCAAAAUCGAGAACUUCAAAAGGAAAAACAACAGCAGUUUCUGUAACUUCAAAGGGAAGGACAACCGCAGAUUCUAGACCAUCAAAGGGAAGAACAUCAGCAGAAUCUUGGUCAUCAAAUGAAAGCCCAUCAAUAGAAUCUGGAAGUUCAGAAGAAACGUCAGUUGAAUCUGAAACGUCAGCUGAAACAUCAAAUGAAUCUGUAACUCCAAAUGUAAGAACAACAUCAAAAGGAAAAACAACAGAAGCUAAAACUUCAAAAGGAAGAACAGAAGCUGUAACUUCAAAAGGAAGAACAGAAGCUGUAACUUCACAAGGAAAAACAACAGAAGCUAAAACUUCAAAAGGAAGAACAGAAGCUGUAACUUCACAAGUUAAAACAGAAGCUGUAACUUCACAAGGAAGAACAGAAGCUGUAACUUCACAAGGAAAAACAACAGAAGCUAAAACUUCAAAAGGAAGAACAGAAGCUGUAACUUCACAAGGAAAAACAACAGAAGCUAAAACUUCAAACGGAAGAACAGAAGCUGUAACUUCACAAGUUAAAACAGAAGCUGUAACUUCACAAGGAAGAACAGAAGCUGUAACUUCACAAGGAAGAACAGAAGCUGUAACUUCACAAGGAAAAACAGAAGCUGUAACUUCAAAAGGAAGAACAGAAGCUGUAACUUCACAAGGAAGAACAGAAGCUGUAACUUCAAAAGGAAGAACAGAAGCUGUAACUUCACAAGGAAGAACAGAAGCUGUAACUUCAAAAGGAAGAACAGAAGCUGUAACUUCACAAGGAAAAACAACAGAAGCUAAAACUUCAAAAGGAAGAACAGAAGCUGUAACUUCACAAGUUAAAACAGAAGCUGUAACUUCAAAAGGAAGAACAGAAGCUGUAACUUCACAAGUUAAAACAGAAGCUGUAACUUCACAAGGAAGAACAGAAGCUGUAACUUCACACGGAAGAACAGAAGCUGUAACUUCACACGGAAGAACAGAAGCUGUAACUUCACAAGGAAAAACAGAAGCUGUAACUUCACAAGGAAGAACAGAAGCUGUAACUUCAAAAGGAAGAACAGAAGCUGUAACUUCACAAGGAAAAACAACAGAAGCUAAAACUUCAAAAGGAAGAACAGAAGCUGUAACUUCACAAGUUAAAACAGAAGCUGUAACUUCACAAGGAAGAACAACAGAAGCUGUAACACAACAAACCUUAACAAUCAGUAAAUGCAACAUGUUAAUCUCCACAAUGGAUAAAAGUGCAGCUAAUAGAUCUUCAUCAGAGGGAUUUUUGAAUAUAUCUCAAGUAGCUGAUCUAGCCUUGGGUUCUGCAGGAGGACACAACACAGAAAUCAUCAAGCAAAUAUUUUAUUGUCUGAAGGAAGAAAAUACUUUGCAAGAAUUCUUGGAAACUCUGUGCAAUAAAUCAAAGACUAUAGAACCUGCGGUGAGGGACUUCAUGAUGAAUCAGACAUUUGGUAUAAUCAGUGCUCAGUUCUCCCAGUUCUCCAGAGCUGAUUGGAAUGACUGGUUUUGUAUCAGACUGGUUCCUCUCCUCCCCAGUCUGACUGCAGAGAUGCUAAAAACUAUAGUAGCAAAGGUCGACUGUGGCGUUUACCAAAUAAUAGUUCAAGGCUUGAACAUGGCAUUUGAGAACAUGCCUUUGAGUUCUCAGAAGGACAUCACGCUUGUUCUGGUGAAUUACCUGAAGCAGUCUCAGAAACUCAAUGGUUCAGGCACACCUUGCAAAUCGGACACUAAUAAUUCCAAUGCUUGGCUUUUGAUCAACUUCGGCAAAUUCUACAUCCAUGCUAAUCUGGUUGAUCUGCAGCUGCUCAAUCCUGAUUUGAUUAAGAAUACGACCCAAGUCUCUUAUCUGAACAUCAGUUCUGAAGCACUUCAGAAUGCAGAUAUGAUGAAAGUGGUUUUUGAUCGUCUGAAGGAAGGCAAUGCUUUGAAGAACGUUCAAGAGUUCCUGAUGGUUCUUUCUAACGUCUCAAAGACGAUACAAAUAAAUCCUGUGGUGAGGGACUUCAUGAUGAAUCAGACAUUUGGUAUAAUCAGUGCUCAGUUCUCCCAGUUCUCCAGAGCUGAUUGGAAUGACUGGUUUUGUAUCAGACUGGUUCCUCUCCUCCCCAGUCUGACUGCAGAGAUGCUAAAAACCAUAGUAGCAAAGGUCGACUGUGGAGUUUACCAAAUAAUAGUUCAAGGCUUGAACGUGGCAUUUGAGAACAUGCCUUUGAGUUCUCAGAAGGACAUCACGCUUGUUCUGGUGAAUUACCUGAAGCAGUCUCAUAAACUCAAUGGUUCAGGCACACCUUGUAAAUCGGACACUAGUAAUUCCAAUGCUUGGCUUUUGAUCAACUUCGGCAAAUUCUACAUCCAUGUCAAUCUGGAUGAUCUGCAGCUGCUCAAUCCUGAUUUGAUUAAGAAUACGACCCAAGUCUCUUAUCUGAACAUCAGUUCUGAAGCACUUCAGAAUGCAGAUAUGAUGAAAGUGGUUUUUGACCGUCUGAAGGAAGGCAAUGCUUUGAAGAACGUUCAAGAGUUCCUGACGGUUCUUUCUAACGUCUCAAAGACGAUACAAAUAAAUCCUGUGGUGAGGGACUUCAUGAUGAAUCAGACAUUUGGUAUAAUCAGUGCUCAGUUCUCCCAGUUCUCCAGAGCUGAUUGGAAUGACUGGUUUUGUAUCAGACUGGUUCCUCUCCUCCCCAGUCUGACUGCAGAGAUGCUAAAAACCAUAGUAGCAAAGGUCAACUGUGGCAUUUACCAAAUAAUAGUUCAAGGCUUGAACAUGGCAUUUGAGAACAUGCCUUUGAGUUCUCAGAAGGACAUCACCCUUGUUCUGGUGAAUUACCUGAAGCAGUCUCAGAAACUCAAUGGUUCAGGCACACCUUGCAAAUCGGACACUAAUAAUUCCAAUGCUUGGCUUUUGAUCAACUUCGGCAAAUUCUACAUCCAUGUCAAUCUGGAUGAUCUGCAGCUGCUCAAUCCUGAUUUGAUUAAGAAUACGACCCAAGUCUCUUAUCUGAACAUCAGUUCUGAAGCACUUCAGAACGCAGAUAUGAUGAAAGUGGUUUUUGACCGUCUGAAGGAAGGCAAUGCUUUGAAGAACGUUCAAGAGUUCCUGACGGUUCUUUCUAACGUCUCAAAGACGAUACAAAUAAAUCCUGUGGUGAGGGACUUCAUGAUGAAUCAGACAUUUGGUAUAAUCAGUGCUCAGUUCUCCCAGUUCUCCAGAGCUGAUUGGAAUGACUGGUUUUGUAUCAGACUGGUUCCUCUCCUCCCCAGUCUGACUGCAGAGAUGCUAAAAACCAUAGUAGCAAAGGUCAACUGUGGCAUUUACCAAAUAAUAGUUCAAGGCUUGAACAUGGCAUUUGAGAACAUGCCUUUGAGUUCUCAGAAGGACAUCACGCUUGUUCUGGUGAAUUACCUGAAGCAGUCUCAGAAACUCAAUGGUUCAGGCACACCUUGCAAAUCGGACACUAAUAAUUCCAAUGCUUGGCUUUUGAUCAACUUCGGCAAAUUCUACAUCCAUGUCAAUCUGGAUGAUCUGCAGCUGCUCAAUCCUGAUUUGAUUAAGAAUACGACCCAAGUCUCUUAUCUGAACAUCAGUUCUGAAGCACUUCAGAACGCAGAUAUGAUGAAAGUGGUUUUUGACCGUCUGAAGGAAGGCAAUGCUUUGAAGAACGUUCAAGAGUUCCUGACGGCUCUUUCUAACGUCUCAAAGACGAUACAAAUAAAUCCUGUGGUGAGGGACUUCAUGAUGAAUCAGACAUUUGGUAUAAUCAGUGCUCAGUUCUCCCAGUUCUCCAGAGCUGAUUGGAAUGACUGGUUUUGUAUCAGACUGGUUCCUCUCCUCCCCAGUCUGACUGCAGAUAUGCUAAAAACCAUAGUAGCAAAGGUCGACUGUGGCGUUUACCAAAUAAUAGUUCAAGGCUUGAACAUGGCAUUUGAGAACAUGCCUUUGAGUUCUCAGAAGGACAUCACCCUUGUUCUGGUGAAUUACCUGAAGCAGUCUCAGAAACUCAAUGGUUCAGGCACACCUUGCAAAUCGGACACUAAUAAUUCCAAUGCUUGGCUUUUGAUCAACUUCGGCAAAUUCUACAUCCAUGUUAAUCUGGUUGAUCUACAGCUGCUCAAUCCUGAUUUGAUUAAGAAUACGACCCAAGUCUCUUAUCUGAACAUCAGUUCUGAAGCACUUCAGAACGCAGAUAUGAUGAAAGUGGUUUUUCACCGUCUGAAGGAAGGCAAUGCUUUGAAGAACGUUCAAGAUUUCCUGACGGCUCUUUCUAACGUCUCAAAGACGAUACAAAUAAAUCCUGCGGUGAGGGACUUCAUGAUGAAUCAGACAUUUGGUAUAAUCAGUGCUCAGUUCUCCCAGUUCUCCAGAGCUGAUUGGAAUGACUGGUUUUGUAUCAGACUGGUUCCUCUCCUCCCCAGUCUGACUGCAGAGAUGCUAAAAACCAUAGUAGCAAAGGUCGACUGUGGCGUUUACCAAAUAAUAGUUCAAGGCUUGAACAUGGCAUUUGAGAACAUGCCUUUGAGUUCUCAGAAGGACAUCACCCUUGUUCUGGUGAAUUACCUGAAGCAGUCUCAGAAACUCAAUGGUUCAGGCACACCUUGCAAAUCAGACACUAAUAAUUCCAAUGCUUGGCUUUUGAUCAACUUUGGCAAAUUCUACAUCCAUGCUAAUCUGGUUGAUCUACAGCUGCUCAAUCCUGAUUUGAUUAAGAAUACGACCCAAGUCUCUUAUCUGAACAUCAGUUCUGAAGCACUUCAGAACGCAGAUAUGAUGAAAGUGGUUUUUGAUCGUCUGAAGGAAGGCAAUGCUUUGAAGAAUGUUCAAGAUUUCCUGUCGGCUCUUUCUGACGUCUCAAAGACGAUACAAAUAAAUCCUGUGGUGAGGGACUUCAUGAUGAAUCAGACAUUUGGUAUAAUCAGUGCUCAGUUCUCCCAGUUCUCCAGAGCUGAUUGGAAUGACUGGUUUUGUAUCAGACUGGUUCCUCUACUCCCCAGUCUGACUGGAGAGAUGUUAAAAACCAUAGUAGCGAAGGUCGACUGUGGAGUUUACCAAAUAAUUGUUAAAGGCUUGAACAUGGCAUUUGAGAACAUGCCUUUGAGUUCUCAGAAGAACAUCACACUUGUUUUGUUGAAUUACCUGAAGAAUUCCUGGAAACUCAGUGGUUCAGACUCACGUUGUGGAUCUGACACCAUUACCUCCACGGAUUGGCUUUUGGCAAACUUUGGCAAAUACUGUGUCCAUGUAAGUUUGGAAGAUCUACAGUCAAUCAAUCCUGAGUUUUCUAAGCUUCCAUCGCUGGGACUGUUCAAGGAGUCUCAGGUCUACUACCUGAACAUAAGUGGAUCUGGAUCCAGUCAGAACACAGAUAUGAUCAAAGCUGUUUUUGACCAGAUAAAGGAAGGCAAUGCUUUGACAAAUCUUCAGCAGUUUUUGGGGGCUUUUGCAAAUAGCUCAAAGACAGUACAACUGCAACCUGCGCUGACUGACUUAAUGAUGAAUCAGACGUUUGGCAUAAUCAGCAGUUAUUUCUCAAGCUUUUCCAGAGCUGAGUGGGAUGACUGGUUUUGUGUUAAACUGGUUCCUCUUUUCCCCAGUUUGACUUCAGAAAUGCUAAAAACAAUAUUAGCAAAGGUCGACUGCAGCACUUACCAAAUAAUUGUUAAAGGGCUGGACAUGGCUUUUGACAAAAUGUCUCUGAGUAAACAGAAGGACAUCACACUAGUUUUGAUGAAUUACAUGAAACAGUCUCAGAAAGUCAGUGGAUCAGGCUUACCCUGUAGAUCCGAUACCAAUACUUCCACUGCCUGGCUUUUGGUAAACUUUGGCAAAUUCUCUAUCCAUGCAAGUUCGGACGAUCUGCAGUCACUCAGUCCUGAUUUUUCUAAGGUUCCAUCACUGGGAUUAUAUAAUGUGUCUCAAGUCUAUUAUCUGAACAUGAGUUCUGAAGCACUUCAAAACACAGAUGCGAUAAAAGUGGUUUUUGACCGUUUGAAGGAAGGUGAUGCUUUGAAGAAUCUUCAAGCGUUUUUGGCGGCUCUUGCUAACAGCUCAAAGACUUUACAAUCACAACCCUUGGCGAGGGACUUCAUAAUGAAUCAGACAUUUGGCAUAAUCAGCAGUCGAUUCUCCAACUUCUCAAGAGCUGAUUGGAAUGACUGGUUUUGUAGUAAACUGGUUCCUCUCCUCCCCAGUCUGACUGGAAAUAUGUUAAAAUCUACAUUAACAAAGGUCGACUGUGGCGUUUACCAAAUAAUUGUUAAAGGACUGAACAUGACAUAUGAGAACAUGAGUGGGAGUAAACAGAAGGAAAUCACACUUGCUUUGGUGAAUUACCUGAAGGACAUGCAGAAAAUCAAUAGUUCAGGUAUACCUUGCAGCUCCACCACUAACACUUACACUGACUGGGUUUUAGCCAACUUUGGCAAAUACUCCACCAGUGUGAGUCAGGAAGAUCUGCAGUUGCUUAAUAAAGGUUUCUUUAAGAUGACAUAAAUGGAGUUUACAUUUAAAAAUGACUGAAAUUCCAACUUUCACUACAUCUGAAACAAUGGCAAGAGCUGGGACUGGAUUUUUUAAAGAAAAAAAUGCCACAUGCUGUGAAUACAUUUUGCUGUUUUAAUUGUUGAGUAUAUUUACAUUUCUACACUAAAUAUCAAAACAUUCUAUGCCACAGCCGAAACUGCUCUCCUACUUUUUCACAAAUACUUGUGCAAAAGUAACCACUAUUAUGUCUGUAUUAUCCAUUUCCAUUCCAUUUUCCAUUUUUCCUGUCCACCAAUUAGUCUAGUACUUAAUCACCUAAGAAUUUAAUGUGAUUUGCUGUGAUUAGUCAUAUAUCAAUUAUUUAUUAUGUAAUCAAACAAAAUUUUAAAUCACAUAUAUUUAUAGUUACUUUCCUCACAUAUUAAAGUAUAUUAUAUUUAUUUUAGUGAAACAUGAUUAUAUUUUGGGUUAUGGGUGGUCCUGGUCAUAUAUCUCAUGUUAGAUUAUCUUUGUUUAGUCUGGUCUGCACAGCUGACAUUCAAAACCAUAGCAUCUGCACGGUUUGAAUGAGUUGUUUUACAUAGAAUCAUAGUACAAAGCACUUCAGAAUUAAAAUGUGUGUAUUUUGGGAUAGUUAGUCAAUUCUUACUCUUUGAGGGAACUUGACAGGCGAUCUAAAGUCUUGAAGUUUGAGUUUGUGUACCGACAGUCAAUGCUUUGUUGUAUCCAGGUAAUGAAUGCUAAAACAAUUUAACAUUUCUUAUUUGUAACUUAUUUUCUGAUAUUAUUUUGUUAUUAUGACACUAAUCAUUAAUGUUUUAAACUAAUGCUAUUGCAUGAUUUUUCUUCUUCUUUUGGCACUGAAAAACUGUUUUUGUCUGAUUACUUCAAAUAAAUCUGACAGAAGCAA